GGGCUUCCGCCUGGCUGUGGCUGGCUGGUCCCGCUGAUCGUGUGCGCGCGCGCGUGUACCGUGUGCGUGUCUGCUGGUGUCUGCAUGCCUGCCUCGUUAUCUCGCUUUGGCUGUGCGUGCUGGCAUUGCUGGUUUGGCUCGGCUGGCUCGUUGGCGUGUGUGACAUUGGUGACGGGGGCGGAGCGUUCUGCGGCCACCCAGUCCUAACCAACCCGUGGCUCGACCAUCGACAUUCCGUCGACUCUGCUACAGUGCGCGUUUCGUCUCGAUCGCGUUCGGCGUGAAACGUUUUCCCCUCGUUGCUCGUCUAGCGACGAGUGUGUGUGUGCGUGUGUGCGUGUGUGUGUGUGUGUGUGUGAGUGUGUGCUUGCACAGUGUGUAUGCGUACGUGCGUACGUACGUCCGUGUAUGUGCGUUACAGUGCGUUAUACCACACGGUUCCCCUGUGCGCCGUGGCGCGGACUCGCGGACAGCCACGAACGCUCUCUCAUUCCUUCGCCUCGCUCGGCUGUUCUGGGCUGUUCUCCGAGCCCAGUGUCCGGGUCUUCCGCGUGCCUGUGCGCUACGUUCGGUGUGUGAAACGAUAAAACGAAGGAAACAUCUCGUCUUGUUUCGUCUCGUCUCGUCGCGUUUAAUCACGUACCAGCAGGCCGAGAGUGAGAAUAUCUGAGCUAAGAGGAUCGCGAAAUAUCGUCAUCGUCUCGUCAUCGUCGCCGCGAUGCCUUGGGCGUGUUUCUCCCGCAUUCAGACAGAAUAGUGGCAUGAGUCGAUUAAUCUAUGGCAGAUCAACAAGAUCAGUUGUCAUCAGGGGGGUCUGUAGAGAAGGCCAGUGCUUCAGCAGACACCUCUAAGUCAAGGGGGAAAAGCUCUAGUAGCUCGAGUAGCUACAGAAAACGACAAAGUACUGGUGCGAUCCCAGAUAGCGUGGAAGAGAAGAGGCGUAGACAGACCACCAGUGACCCGCAGACAUCUCAAGUGGACAGUAAUACACCGCACACGCAUUCGAUUGAUUCUUCCAAGGGAGAAGGCAGAAUCAGAGGUGAACGAAGAAGUCAUGGAGCUGGCUUAGAAUCUUAUUCAGAAACCGACUGGAGGUCUCAUCAUAAGAUUCACCAAGUCAGUUACAACAGUAGUAGCAGUACAAGAGUGCGUAGUGCAGCAAGAACGAGUCUGCCAGAGUCAAGUUUAACACCUACCGAUUGUGUGGCAUCGCGAACUCGUUCCCGUACACCACAGAAUCCUCAAGCAUUGACACAGGGAACUAGCAGUUACGAUCUGUCACUGUCCAGUGGAUACGGUAGCCGAAAAACAAGUACCUACAGCAGUUUGGUAGCUUCAGCGAGUGCUACAUCGAUUACUAGUCAUCCAUCCACAUCGAGAGGAAAAGGAGGCCAGAGGAUGAGCGAAUGUCUGGAAGGAUUUGUGUCUGCUGUCAAAGCACUUUUUCCAAUAUCAACACAAACCUACCAUCAAGAAGAUUCGAAAUCUCACGGCGGUGCGACCUGUAGCGCAACGAGUAGCAGCACGAGUAGUCAAGUCCUGGGUGUCAAGUCCAGCAUCAGAGUGGGUAACGCAGCAAGUAACUCUGUGGAGAGUGGUGGGGGGGCGUUGGCACAUGACGGGGCAGGCACGAGUGGCAUCACUUCAACGGCCACUGCCAAUCCACCUGUGUCUGCCACCGUUUCUGCCAACCCUACACACCCUCAUUCUACACACAAGCACCUGCUACGCUCUCGCGCGAAAGCUACCGGUGAACAGCCGAAGGAAUUGCCAUCUAGCAACAAGACUUCGGGGAAACAUCACAAGAAAGAUACUACAACGGGUUCCUGUUCGAGUUCGAGACAUCGCUCUUCAUCACGCGUGAGGAAGCCGGUGGUGGAGAGCGGCUCCGGUGGAUUGGGUAGUGUAAUGUCAGGCAAUGACUCUAUCAGCGCUACCUCCGUAUCAUCUUCUAUUCCGAGCAGUCAGUUAGUCUCAACCACAGGUGAGGAGGAGUCAGCAUCAACUGCGACAUCCGCCACAGAUCGCGUCAUUCAAAAUUUCGAUUUCCUACUUGCACGCGAAGCUGGUGGAGGACCAUCUGGAAUGUCAGGAACAACAGGUGACAGCGAAAGCGACGAUGGAGAAGUUGGACGAUUGCAAGCUUUAUUGGAGGCUAGAGGUUUACCGCCUCAUGUGUUCGGUGCAUUAGGACCGCGGAUGCAACACUUACUUAACAGAAGCAUGGGCGCAAGUUCCGCUGCUAAAGCGCAACAACUUCUAGCCGGCUUACAAGCUGUUGAAGACGAGGGAGAACAAUUGCAGGCCGUCAUGAACAUGGGAGAGAUUCUUGUAAUGGGCAACGAGGAUACUUUAACCGGUUUUCCGGUCAAACAAGUGGUUGCAGCUUUAAUUAAUUUAUUGGGGAUUGAACAUAAUUUUGCGAUAAUGACCCAUGCGUGUCGUGCCCUUACGUAUAUGAUGGAGGCGCUGCCACGGUCGUCCACUGUUGUAGUGGAUGCAGUGCCGGUAUUCUUACAAAAACUCGAAUCGAUCGAGUGCAUGGACGUAGCUGAACAGUGUUUGACAGCAUUAGCCAUGUUGUCACGCAGACAUAGCAAAACAAUUUUACAUGCGGGUGGGGUUUCAGCCUGUUUGAAAUUUGUUGAUUUCUUCAACAUCACAGCACAACGUGCAGCGUUAACAAUUACCGCAAACUGCUGUCAAAACCUUCAUCCUGAUGAUUUUCAUUUAGUAGUGGAUAGUUUGCCAUUAUUAACGAGCAGAUUAACGAAUCAAGAUAAAAAGAGCGUCGAGUGUGUGUGUCAAGCAUUCAGUCGAUUAGUUGACAGUUUCCAACAUGAUCCUGUAAUGCUGCAUAAAAUUAUCAAUGCUGAACUCUUACAGAAUCUACAACAGCUGCUCAUGAUUACGCCGCCGGUUAACAGCACUAACAAUUUCAUAACUGUAUUACGAAUGCUCUCUGUGAUAUCAAAUCGCUGUCCCGACUUGGCGCAAUUGUUGCUGCAACAAAAUAUAGCUUUCACAUUAAGUUAUCUUUUAACUGGAUCUCUGGAAGUUAAAACGGAAGACGUAGAGUUGGUGCCGCGUACACCGCAGGAGUGGUUUGAAAUUACAUGUUUAAUCGAGGAGCUUAUGCCUCCAUUACCAACAGAUGGAAUAUUCAGUGUAAAUAGUUUACUCGAAAGGACCAGCAAUCAACAGGAGACUGUCCAGUGGGAAUGGCGUGACGAAAGACAAUGUUCCCAUCCGUUCAGUACUAUAGACUCUAGAAUUAUCGAGAUGGCGUUUCAAAAUGGCGAAGAUGAGAUAUGCCUUACCUCCUUAGGACGAACUUACACUAUAGAUCUGACUGUGAUGAAACAAAUUAACGAGGAUAUAGGAAUGACAAGAAGUAUAUUUCGGAGAGUAAACGCUAAUCCCACUGAGGGAAAGAGUCCAACUUGCUCAUCUAGUAUGGAUGUUGUGCCUCCGGUAAUUGAAACGAACGAAUGGCUAGUGUCUUUUAUUCGAACUUUAUUCUCUGUACUAUAUGAAGUUUAUAGCAGUUCAGCUGGACCCGCUGUAAAAUGCAAAUGCCUCCGAGCUCUUCUUCGUAUGGUGUAUUAUGCUUCAACUGAUUUACUUAAAGAUGUUCUAAAGAAUCAAGUGGUUUCGUCACAUAUAGCUGGUAUGUUAGCGUCGCAAGAUUUACGUAUAGUUAUCGGAGCUCUUCAAAUGGCGAGUAUCUUGAUGAAAAGAUUGCCACAAGUAUUUGGGGUUCAUUUUCAUCGCGAGGGCGUACUGCAUCAAGUUCGUCAAUUAGCAGAUCCCGAAGUACCUCUCGGUGUUUCACCACCUAAGUGCCCUUCUGGUACAUCAUUACCAAGCCCACAGCCAGGUCCGUCUAAUACACCACUUUCUUCCACCACAAUGUUGUCUUCUAGUAGUGCCACAUCUCCAGUUGUCUCUCCAUCUUCGAAUGGCAACAUAUUGUUUGGCACAAUCGCGUCGUCGUGCCAGUAUAAACCAAAUAUCAGUGCUUCGCUGGAACCACACAGAACGGAAUUAAACAACAGCGUAGAGGAAACAAGCGCACCGCAAAGUGCUCACUUAAGGAUUGGUGAUGUACUGAAGAAAAAACGACAGAAUAAGAAGGGUCGUUUCUCCAGAUUGGGGGGCACCACCACACCGCAACAAACACAACAGCCGGAGUCCCUGUUUACUGGUUUUACCCCAAAGAAUAAUCGAUUUUUGGGAAAUCUCAAUCCAGCCAAAUGGGGUCGGAAAUCGUCCUCGUCCAGUACUAGCAACGACAAGAGAGACUCGAGCUCAUCCACGAAUCUGUCAAAACCACCGAGUAAUCCAAGCUUAACUGGUGGAAAUCGGGAUAAGGCAAAAGCAUGGGUGCGUGAACAAGCAGCCCAAUUUUUGGCAAGAUACCAAGAUGAUGCACCUUGCUCGCAUCCUGCCCUAACAGUUCUUGCUCGAUUAACUGCUGCGAUACAGCGAUUGCAAUCAAAUGAAUUGGACGAAAUGUUAUCAGCACUAACGGAAUUACGGGACAUAGUUCUCGAGAGCGAUAUAUCGCCGUUUGAAAUGAAUUACAGCGGCCUUAUCAAGGCUCUGUUGAACUACCUCACUACCACAGAUGCACCGGGUAACCGUUACGACCGUCUUCGUAUGUUUUGGAAAUUGUUUGCGGAGUCUACUAUGCAACAGAACAACGAUAUUAUGGAUCUUAAUCCUGGGGCGUUUGGUGCUUUAGUAACGAAAUUGAAUAGCUGCGUUGCACAGCUAGAACAAUUCCCGGUGAAAGUUCACGAUUUACCUGCGGGUUCUGGCGCUGGCCGUGGCGGUACCAGUGCUCUGAAAUUCUUCAAUACGCAUCAACUUAAGUGUAAUCUUCAACGGCAUCCGGACUGUAAUAAUUUGAAGCAGUGGAAGGGCGGUACUGUAAAAAUAGAUCCGCUUGCAUUAGUACAGGCCAUUGAGCGUUAUUUGAUGGUACGUGGAUAUGGCAGAAUACGGGACGCUGAUUCGAUGGUCAGUGAUGACGACAAUAGCGAAGAUGACAUUGAUGAUACUCUGGCGGCAGUUGUGAUAAGCCAAGGACCGCCGAAACAUAAACUUCAGUUUUUAAUUGGCGACAUAGUCCUACCUUUUAACAUGACGGUUUAUCAAGCUGUCAGGCAAUUUGGAUGUUCCGGAGUGGAUCACUCUGAGGCAGAGGCCGAUAGUGAACCGCCACUUGGACACGAUGCGGUAUGGGUGCAAACCCAUACGAUAUACUAUAGACCUGUACCAGAAGAAGAUGCCGCAACCUCUCCAAAAUCAGGGUCGAGCUCACAGGGUAAUAGCAGGAAGGGCAAGGGAAAAAGUACAAAGAUUAGUUCAAAGAGAAAAGAAGAUAGUCUUUGGCUAGAAGGCACGGUUCCUCUUCAACACUGUCCCCUCGCGCCAUAUCUAUCUCCCACAUUACCGCCCUCGGUAACUAUCACGGACGCCUCUCUCGAUGGGUUGUGUCUUUUGCGGCUCUUGCACGCUCUUAAUCGCCAUUGGGGCAUAUUGUUUCCUCAUCUAAAAAGCAUGAGCCUGCUAUCACCUCAGGACUUUAUCAAUAAUAAGAUCGCCGCAAAAGCUAGCAGGCAACUGCAGGAUCCACUGGUGAUCAUGACUGGAAACUUGCCAUCUUGGUUACAACAGAUAGCGUCUGUCUGUCCUUUUCUCUUUCCAUUUGAGACGAGGCAGCUUUUGUUGUAUGCAACAUCGUUUGAUCGAGAUAGAGCACUACAACGUCUCUUGGAUUCCGCGCCAGAACUUUCAGGAUCAGACAGUCAGGAGCGUGUUACGCCACGCUUAGAACGAAGAAAGAGAACUAUCUCGAGAACGGACAUUCUUAAGCAAGCGGAGUUAGUGAUUCAAGAUUUAGCCUCUAAUAAGGCCUUACUUGAAGUGCAAUACGUCAACGAGGUCGGUACUGGUCUCGGUCCAACUCUGGAAUUCUACGCUCUAGUCUCUAAGGAACUGCAACGCGCUGAUUUAGACUUGUGGCAUGGCAAUUCGAAUCCUACUGAAAACGGAUAUGUUAAUUCCUCGCACGGGCUCUUCCCGACGCCAAUCCCAUGGAACACUAAAGUAUCGCAUCUAGCAAAAUUGAAGACCAAGUUCAAAUUCCUUGGGAAAUUCAUGGCGAAAGCAAUAUACGAUUCCAGAAUGUUGGAUUUGCCAUUUAGUUUAACCUUCUAUCGUUGGUUAUUGGGAGAGGAACAUACUCUUACAUUAGCCGACUUGACAUACGUAUGUCCCGAUGUAUAUCGCACUCUUAGCAAGCUCCAAGAGGUCGUGAGGAAGAAAGAAGCUAUGGAGAAGGAUCAGACGCUACGACCGCACGAGAAAGCGCAAUUAAUUGAGGCUCUCGAUUUAGACACAUGUCCCAUUUCCGAACUGGGUCUUGUGUUUGAAUUACCGGGCUACGAGAAUAUCGAAUUAAGGAAGGGCGGUAGCGAAAUAUCUGUUACUAUUUACAAUUUGGAUCAAUAUAUUAAGUUAGUGGUACACUGGUUCUUAUACGAAGGAGUAUUCAGACAAAUGGAGGCUUUCCGGGAAGGUUUCGAGUCGGUAUUUCCUCCGUUGCAACUGAAACUAUUCUUCCCAGAAGAACUGGAGGCGGUAUUUUGCGGUCACGCACAAACCGGCGGACAAUGGGACGUGAAAACUCUUGCCGAAUGUUGUAGAACCGAUCAUGGUUAUACACCGGACUCACGGGCCAUUCGUUUUCUAUUCGAGGUCAUGUCCAAAUACAACAGCGAGGAACAACGACAGUUCAUUCAGUUUGUCACCGGUUCACCGCGUUUGCCCGUUGGAGGUUUCAAAAGCUUAACCCCUCCGUUAACAAUAGUGCGCAAAACCUUUGAUCCGUCUAUGAAGACAGACGAUUUUCUACCAUCAGUAAUGACUUGCGUUAACUACCUAAAACUGCCUGAUUAUACCACUUUGGAAAUAAUGCGGGAAAAGUUGCGGAUAGCCGCGCAAGAGGGUCAACACUCGUUCCAUCUCUCCUAGAAAUGGAUGGAAAAUCGGCACCUCAUUUUCUCCUUUAUUCUUACAUUAUUCAGACCGCGAAUUAUCCGAACUUCGUUUAAGAUCUACGUGAAAUUACGUAUGUUGUCAGUGAGCAAAUUCAACGUCGCGAUGAUUUUUAUCCUUUACGUGAGUUCUUUUGAGGACUUUUUAUUUCUUGAAACAAAAAAUUCGUCGGAGCGACAGUUCUUUCUUUUGAUGUUUAUAUCUUUGCAAUUUGGAUUGUGAUAUACUUUGAUCAGAAAGAAAAGUGCAAAGCUGCAUAAUUAACCGAACCGUGCGAGUUUACGCUCUGCUACAAACCGAGUGGCUUGCAAGCGACCUCGUUUUAGGAAAAAGAAACUUAUCUUCAGUAUGUUACAAUAAAAAAAAAGAUUGUAAAUAUAGUUUAAUAUACACAAGUCGAUAUAAAUACUUUAUAUAAUAGUAACGAGAAAAAUGAUAUUGCUACGGAAAAUACUAUGCUAACUGAACAUAAAAUAGCCUGAGCGAGAAAGAAAGAAAGGAGGACGUUUACUAGAUAUAAGUAAAUUUUAUAUCAGUGGUGCAUUAAAAAGCAUCGCCAUACGUCGCCAAUCCCCCGCGAUCGCGGAAGACAUGAGUAUGAAAAUUUACAUGCUAAAAUCAGCAACGAGACGCGCACGCCCGUGAUGAAAGCGUGCGAGCGCGUGUCUUGUCGGAAACAACACUAUUUCCGGAUACAGACACAUGUACACAAUAUCGUGUCUCUCGCUGCUAUUCUCUAUUUUGUAAUCGAUCUCUUCGUGUUCGUCGCUUUUAAGUUUCAACGAUCGAGAACGCAAUGCGUGAGUCACACGUUACGCCACACACUCUUACAUUUAAGUUCAAUCAGUGUGUAACGCUCAUCAACAUUUAUUUGAUAUUCUAAGUAAAUUAGCCCGAUCGUUUACUUUAUUUAGCAGUAUAAGAGUCCGGAAUCGCCAAGGAAUCAUCAUCGUGACACGCGCGUGAAUCGAAGGGAAAUUCCGAUAUCCAUUUACUUACAAACAAAUCGUCGUAAUUAAAGGGAAAAAAGAAAAAAAAAUUGUAAGAGAAUUGUAUGAUACAAAAUAGAAUGGAUAUAUAAAGUAAGUGAAGCUGGUGUAUCAAAUGGAUAAUACAAGGUACAUUACUUUCUUAUGUCAUCGCAGAAACCGCGGAAUCUAUAUAAGAAACUGUACGAGAGAGUGUGUGAGGCAAGUUAGUCUAUACUUUUGUUCGAUUCAAAUUUUAUGUACAUCGCACACAUGAGCGGGCGCUUUCUCCAAUUUGUUGUAUCCUCCAGAACUCGCGGAUUUGAAAGUCACAUACCUUCAUUAGCGGAAGUUGUAAUUUAUGUUGUCAUUGUCACUAUAAAAUAUUUUUUCUUCUUUUUUUGAGAUAUACUGUACUGCUGAUGUCAGUGUACCUUACGUUACCACGAUUAUACGUUUAUUAAGCGUGUGGACACAUUUGCAAUUUUUUAAAAAUAUUUUUCACUUUGUGUGAAGACGAAUCGCGAAUGAUAGCGCAAGAAAAUCAAUACAGGCAAAGGAGAUCAGAAAACUUGAAUAUAUGCACUGUCGUAAAAUGUGUAACCAGGAUACGCGAAAAACCCAUGUCAUUAAUAUUAUAAACAAAAGAUAUAUUUAUAUCGAUUCAGUAGUAUAUAAACGAAUUUUACUUUAUUCAUAUCGGAAGAUCUUUUUUUAUUUUCUUUUUUUCUUCAAAACCUUCAAUAAACGCGUAGGUAUAAAUCGCCAAAGGAAUGUACCUCUUAAACACAUUGGAUGAGACAAAAAAGCAUUGGGAAUUGAACAAGAGAUAUGUUAUUUUCUAAGGAAAUAUUCAAAGUCCAUUCUCGAAUAACCGUAAAAUAAUAUUUUUUAUUUACUUUUAUCUCUAUUAUCUUCUGGAAAUAAAAUCAAUCAAUAAUUGCGAGUA